AUGUUUGCAAAAUUUAUUGAACAAAAGGUUAGAAAUCCCAUUGCUACUAAGAGUACUGAAAAGGAAGUCACAAUAGAAAUAGACGAGCAUGAUAAACAUGAUAGUUAUGCACAAAUAAUAAAUGUAGAGCAGUACCUUUCAGAAUUUCGAAUUAAAUUAUUAGCCUUGUAUGAACAAAAUCCGAUUGGACGUAUACGUCUAUAUGAAAAUAUGCUUUUUGUUGGCUUAAGAGGCGGUUUAAUAAGCAAAUAUGAUGAAAACCAUCGUAAAUUAGGUGAUAUACUUCAUGACAGGAAUAUUAUAAAGAUUAAACGAUCUCAUGAUUAUCUUGAGUACAUUGAUGAAUCGGAAAUUAUAAAACGGUGUAAAUUAGAGUAUGGAAUUAAAAUGUCUGAUGAUGGGCCUGUUGAACCUUAUAAAAAUAAAAAGGCUUUUGAAUUUAUUAGACAAAAUGAUGUGGUUGAACUGUUUCAGCCGAUUGCAGAUAUUUACAACAAAGACGAACAUAUUACGCGAAAUAAUAAUUAUGAAAUCACAUACCAAAAAAAUUUAAUCGCUAAUUUAAAUGUUUCUACCAACUUGCCCUGGACAUCAUUAUCUGCUGAUUUUAAAAUAUCAUAUAAAAAAUCGAAAGGAAGGACCAAUUAUAAUGAAAAUUCCAUGACGUUUGAUGUCAAACUACAAGGCCGUGCGAAAGUAAUAAUGACUAAUAAAGUUCGUCCGUCCAAAGAAUUUAAAAAGGCUGUAGAUGAUGCCUUGAGUUGUUCUAACCCUGUUGAAAAACUUAAAAAACUUAAAAAUGUCUGUAAUGAAUACGGUGAAUUCUGGGCACGUGAAGUAAUUUUAGGAGGGAAAAUUCAAACAGUUCGAGACGAUUUUGUUGAAAUUAACACGCAAACAACGGAAACAAUGAAAGGUGGCGGUGUUGGUGUUAAUGUAGAAAAUGUUGAUAUAACUUUACAGUGUAAUAAAACUGAAAGUGAAAAAAUUGGUACAAAUAAUAAAGAAUCUAUAACUAAAUCUAUGUAUAUUGGCGGUGAUACCAAAAUGGCUCACAAAAACGUUGAUGAAUGGGUUAAAUCUUUAGAUGAUUACACUACAUGGAGAAUUGUAGAAUAUAGAGAUGUUGUUUCGAUUUUUGAAAUUCUAGAAGGUGAUCUCCGUAGACGUGUUCUCGAUACUUUAGGGAAAAAUAUUCUUUAUGCCCAAAUCGAUCAACAAAAUCUUAAAGAUUAUCAAAUUUUUGCUACAAUAAUAAGCGAGAAACAAAAAGGUACUUUUUCUGUUCGGGUCAUAUAUACAACUGAUAGUAACACUGCAAAUCUCCAUUCUGCAAAUCUUCUCAUUCAUCAAUUCAGAAAGUCUGGAAAAAAUCAUAAAGUGCGAGAAUAUUCUUUGAAAAUAGGAUGGACUAUCAUUGGCAUUCCUAAUGACUUUAAUUUAUUUGACUUUGAGGAUUUUAAUGGUCUAAAAGAAUUAGAAGUAGAACUUAGCAAGGACUUUUUUAACGGUCUAAAAGAAUUAGAAGUAAAACUUAGCAAGGACUUUUCAAGUAACCGUCUCCAUAACGUUCACGAUAUUUAUGAUAAAUACGAAAAAUGUAAAACUUAUCCGUUAGUUACUUGCGCACUAAGAAAUAGCGAAUCUCUCCAAUAUAAUCUACUUGAUUUGGAAAUAGUUACUGGAAUACACUUUCAUCACACUCCCUUGGAUAAACAUUUACGAAUGUGUGUCCAUAAUCAUAAUUUGGAAAAUGAAAAUUUAUCAGGUCUAGAUCUUUUAGUUCAAUACUGUAUUACCCAACGUGCCCGAAAUCCUGUGCCUGAAGGAAAGUUAUGCGAUGAUAAUAGAUUUUUCAACAUAAGAGGAAAUAAAACAAGAUGGACAUGCGAUCA